ACUAAAAACGCGCUUCAAAUUAAAACGACAUUCUUUCAACUUCUUCCUCUUGCCCACUUCCGAGUCCCGUCAUUUUCCAACUACCAUUCAAACCUAAUAACUUCCAUGGUCGAUUAACAGAAAACCUUCAAUAAUAUCCACAAAUUUAAACAAAUUCCAUUGAAUAGAGAGAGAAGUAAAUAUGUGGAGGUCGUGUUUUCAGAAGAGCAUAACAAUGGCGGCGACUCAUUGUGGUCGGCGUCAAAUUCUCUUUCCAUCUUCGCGAUUUACGAUGUAUUCGACGUAUGCGACGUCUUCGGAGGAUGAUAAUGGCGAUGAAAAGAGGUUAGCUGGUGUGAAACGGGGAGAGAAUAAAGAGGAUGGGAUUUCCUUGACGGAAGUUAAGAAAUUGAUGAGAUUGGUGAAUGUUGAAGCGUUGAAGACAAAGCUUGGAGAUGAAGGUAAAGAAGUGAUUGGAUAUUCUGAUCUUUUGAAAACUUGUGAAAACAUGGGAGUUGCGAGAUCUGCUGAUGAAGCUGCUUCUUUUGCCAAAGUUCUUGAUGAAGCUGGUGUUGUUAUGCUUUUUCGUGAUAAGGUUUAUCUUCAUCCUGAUAAGGUGGUAGAACUGGUCAGGAGGUCGGUGCCACUUGCUUUAGCUCCUGAAGAUGAUCCUAGGCGGGAGGAGUUGCAGAAAUUGCAAGAGAGGAAGGAAGAGAUUGACAAGCAGGCACAUAGACAGGUUCGUCUGAUGCUGUGGUCAGGCCUUGGUGUAGCUAUAUUGCAGGUCGGGCUUUUCUUUCGUCUUACUUUCUGGGAAUUCUCAUGGGACGUCAUGGAGCCAAUUGCCUUUUUUACAACCGCCUCUGGCUUAGUGAUCGGUUAUGCCUACUUUAUGAUAACCUCUAAAGAUCCCACAUACCAAGACCUAAUGAAAACACUCUUCCUUUCUAGGCAGAGGAAACUCUUCAAAAAAUACCAAUUUGAUGUUAACAGAUUUAAGGAGCUCAGAGAGAAGUGCAAAAAUCCUCUUGACAAGAAAAGGAUGGACGAGAAUUCAGUACUUGAAGAUGGAUAAAGGAUCAAUAUCUUCCAGUACCGAUGAGGAUGUAUGACGUUGUGAUUCCUUAUCUCCAGAAGCUCGUACGUACUAUCGUAGUUCUUAUUUGAUUUUUCAAUAUUCAUGAUUUUACGAAGCUAAUUAUAUUACGCCAUUAUCGGAAAGCUUUGGUUCUUCUGUCUUUUUUUCCCUUGGGCAUAGGGCUAGCCUAAAAGGUUUUUUACUUGGCUUCAACCCUUGUUCCUAAUGAUAGAGGAGUCUAAAAUUUUCCUAUUGUGGAUAACACUUGCUAACUUAAAUUUUGUAUACAAUGGAAGUUAAUCUUCUGCUUUAUGAUAAUGACAUUCUCAAGUGACAAAUUUUGCCA